CGCUCGGAGCAGAGCGGUGUUCGAAAGCAACCGCCCGAUAACGCUGGUUCACAGAUGAAAACGACGCACGUGGAUGUAUUCAACCUCUUUUGCCCUGAAUUGCAGGCAGCAGCCUCCCACGCGGCACUGGGAGACGUAUCUGUGACGGUCUUUACCUUCCAUCCCGCUUACAGCUUUUCUGAUUUUAAUAUCUGCUAAUUGCUCGUCUCUGUAUGUGGACGAUGGCUUCUAUCUCGGAGCGCACGUUCAUCGCCAUCAAGCCUGACGGAGUCCAGCGGGGACUAGUGGGAGAAAUCAUCAAGCGGUUCGAACAGAAAGGAUUCAAACUGGUCGCCAUGAAAUUAAUACAUGCCUCUGAAGACCUUCUGAGAGAACACUACAUUGACCUAAAAGACCGGCCGUUCUAUGAUGGUCUGGUGCAGUACAUGCAUUCUGGACCUGUUGUAGCUAUGGUGUGGGAAGGACUUAAUGUGGUUAAGACUGGAAGAGUGAUGCUGGGGGAAACUAACCCAUUUGAUUCCAAGCCUGGCACUAUUCGUGGUGACCUCUGCGUUCAAGUUGGAAGGAACAUCAUUCAUGGAAGUGAUUCUGUGGAAAGUGCUGAGACAGAGAUCAAUUUAUGGUUCACUCCUGAAGAACUGGUUGAUUACAGAAGCUGUGCUCAUGAAUGGAUCUAUGAGUAAAACUGAGCCUCUACCUUCUGAUAUCCUUACUGUCUGUAAGCAGCUGCUAGCCUCUAGCUGUUUCGAAGCCCUUCAUAUAAACCAGUAGAAAACAUGUCUUAGAAAUCUGUGAAAUUGCUCUGUUGUGAAUAUUAAAUAUAGUCAGCAUUUGCUGCUGCUUUGGUUAAAAAGCUGUCAAGUUAUAGAUGGAAUUGUACUUUCAGAAAGCUGCUUCUGGGGGGUGAGAGAUAGGAGAUUAAAACACAGAGCAUAUAACACAUAUUUUCCUGAAGCACUCUGUAGUCAAAGAGGAUAGUUUGGUAAACAGAAAAAAAAUUGGUAAAAAUUUAUUUGGUAAGUAAUUAUGCAAAUGGCUCAGUGUCAAAGGUUGAUUAUGUUAAAAUGUAAGAGGACAACUGGUGGUAUGUAAAUAUAUUGAUAGUGUGCCCAAAUGUUGAGGACUGAACUUGCUAUCAAGUGAAUCUCCAUGCCCAAAAUGGCUGCAGAAAAAAAAGCUUAUUUAUUUCUCUCUCCAGAAUGUGCUGUGCCUGUACACAGAGCAUAGCUUUGAUUAAAAUGAGAACUUUCCUCUAGAUGACACUGUUUCAACUUGCUUUUCUUUUUUUUACCCCACACAGGAUUUAUUUAGCAUUUUAAGGAAGGAUUAAUAGGCCAGGCUUUCUGAAAUGCCCUUUUAUGUGAAAAGAAGAUUAAUGUGAGGAUGGAUGAGGGAGAUCUACUUUCAGCCACUUUAGUGUAGCAGUCCUCUGGCAUUGCACAGAGCAACAACAGAGUUACAUUUGCUUUACUGGCUGAAGAGCUGAUAAUUUAGCUAUGUCCUUAUUUGUGUUCUUUCCUUAACAGUUGGAACUCCAAAGCAAGCUGUUCUUGGAUAAGGUAUUUCAGAGGUGGCUCUAGCAUUAUUUUUUAAAUUUAUUUAAUCAUGUAAAGAAAUACAGUCAUAAUAAUGCUAAAUGUAUUUCAGUAGAGGUGUCUGCUUCUGUCAGAGAAAACUAUCAGCCUCUUGCAGAAAUCUGAACAACAAAUAUUCACUAGCUGUAUUGGACGAGGAACAUAAAAUGUAUUGGGGUCAAUAUUAUGUAUUUAUUUCCCUGCAACAUUGUAUUCAGUAAAAGCAAGAGUUUCAUUAAAUUAGUUGUUCCAACACCUA